AUGACUCAUAGAAACCACACAAGGAGAACAGGCAAUAACGGUGCUGUAGAUAUAUCGAGCGCCCAUACUACUAUGCAUACAGCAGAUACAGCGAAGCAAAACUCUUCUUUUCUCCCUAGCGUUUAUGCUCCUGAUAUAGUCCUGAGUAAAGCAAAAGGUGAUCGUGUGUGGGAUACCGCUGGUGCUGUCUACAUAGAUUUCUGUGGGGGGAUUGCAGUGCAAUCUCUUGGUCAUUCUCAUCCUAGUAUACUCCGCGCCAUACACAUACAAUCAAAAAAAAUAAUGCACUGUUCAAAUUUGUUCGCAAGUGAAGCAUACAUUGCCCUAGCAAAGGAGCUCGCCACACUUGCAUGCACGGAAUUUUCUUCUAGAGGCGAUACCAGUAUCUUGCAGAACCCUUUUUCUGCAUGUUUUCUAUGCAAUAGUGGUACCGAAGCUAAUGAAGCAGCACUCAAGUUUGCCCGUCUUGCUGCAUAUCGCAAAAAUAAGAAGAAAAAGAACGUUUUUGUUUCCUUUCACAAUUCUUUCCAUGGAAGAACCUUGGGAGCACUGUCGGUAACUGGACAGGAACAAUACCGUCAUGCCUUUGCCCCACUUCUUCCUAACUGUAUUCAUGUUCCGUAUAAUGAUUGCGAUGCUCUAGGAGCAGCAAUAGACGAAAAUACUGCUGCUGUAAUAGUAGAGCUUAUACAGGGAGAGGGGGGUCUUAGCAGUAUCGAUAAUAAGAUGGCACACACACUGCACGCUCUGGCAAGGAAAUUUCACUUCCUUAUUAUCGCUGAUGAAGUGCAAACAGGACUAUAUCGCUGUGGUUCUGCAUUUGCCUCUACACUUUAUGGGCUUCGCCCAGAUAUCAUAACGCUUGCAAAAGCACUGGGUGGGGGCUUACCCGCUGCAGCUGUACUAUAUCGUAAAGACAUUCAAGACAUGCUACGCGUUGGCGACCAUGGGAGCACCCUUGGCGGGAACCCCCUUGUUGCAGCAGUCGCCCUCGCAACACUCUCUGUACUGAGAUCUCAGAAGUUUCAAGAAAAGCGAAACACAUCAGCUCAGCAGCUAUACGCUAUGCUGCAAGAUAUCUGUGUGCAGCACAGUGGUCUUAGUGUGCUGGGUGCUGGACACCUUCGGGGUAUUCGCCUCGAUAAGAAACUGGAUAGUAGUACUAUUCCAGCAAUACUGAGUAGAUGCAGAGAGAAAGGUUUGCUUAUUCUUCGUACGGGGAGCGAUGGACUUCGCAUAGCACCAUCACUUAACUGUAGCCACACAACAAUGCGCAAAGCUAUGCAGAUACUGGGCACAGUGUUGAGUGAGCUGCUGUAG